AUGGUAAUUAAUAAUGUGAUCAUGGUAUGCAUCGCAUUUUAUGCCUCACCAAUAAUUCGAAUAAAUGGUAGAUCGACGGAUAAAUUUGCUUCUUUAAAGCAAGCAGGAAACAUAUUAAAUGUAGCAGAACCCGCAAAUUGGGCUAAUUAUAUAAAUCCAACGUCAACAACUGGAUCAACUGGUGAAGCUAAUGUUGGAAGUGGAACACUCGCUAGUACUAUGGCUAGUUGGUCGAUUCCAGAUCAAUUUCGUGAUCAAGCUGUUCAAAGUGUCAAUUUAUUAGUGCUUGCUGCAACAGAAGGAACUUAUACAGCUCAAGCAUUUCUAUUUGAUACUCAAGCAGGUGCUUCAUUAACAACAUUAUUAGUUGCUACAAAGAAACUUGAUUCUCCAAGUGAUCCAAAUUCACCAGUUUCAGUUUCCUAUGUAACAAUUAAUUCAAAUGCAGUUGUCAAACAACAAUACACAUACUAUACAGUACGAGAUUGUCAUACGUGUCCAAAAUGUUUAUGGACAAGUGACUGUUGUUGUCAUGAUGAAACAAAAUCUUCACCACGUGGGCUUACACCAGAUGAAUUAAAUAUCAUAAACCAAAAAAUGAGAGCCGAUCAGUUUUCUUGGUUUAAUCAACAACCAUUGAACAAGGCACUUAAAAAACGUGCUUUAUUGAGAUAUAAUUCUAAUAAUCAGAUUAUAUCUUUGACUGAAGCUAUUGAAAAAUUUCUUUCAAGUAAUAUUGUUAAAGCUGAAAUAUUAACAUCAUACAAUGAUUCAAUUCUAUCAACAUUACAAUCUCAUAUUUCAUCAUUAAAAUUAUCAAGUCAAUCAUUGAAAAUGACUAAAGUAGAAAGUCAAAAUCUUCCUAUAGUUCUAUCAACAUUAACAAAAGAUUACGGUUAUGAAGAUAUUAAUAAUAAUGAAAUUUUCAUGGAACAAUUAAAAACAGGAAGAUUUUCAUAUGAAAAUUUAUUUACUAGUACAACUGAUCUCUAUAAUAAAACUACUACUAUGAAAUAUAUUUGGUUAAUAGGUCAAACUCUUGAUAAUUCAACAUAUUCAAUUAAUUUUAUUUUUGUAAACAUUACUUCUCAACGAUUAAUUCAUACAUUAUUAUCAAAUGAUACAAAUAUAGAUGAAUCUGAUUAUAUGGUUGAUAAUAAUAAACAGUUAAAAAUUGUACGUACUUCAGUACUAAAUGAUCUUGGUGAAUUUCUAAAUGAAGAUCUUUUAACAUUAAUUACACCAUGGCAAUUAAAAACAACAAAAAUAGCAUUGAAUAUUUUACGUUUUAUUGCUGCUAGUACACUUAUUCCACAAAAAAAUCGAAUGUUAUCCUAUUUUAAUUCUGAAAUAAUAUCAACAAGAAUAAAUGGCAACAAUAUUUAUCAUUCUCAAUCACGAACUAUUGCAGAAAAAAUUCUUGCUUUAUCAAAAGCAGUUUCAGCUGCUGCUACUGCUUGGAAAGAUAUUGUAAGUGCAUUUAAAUCAAGCAGUUCUACGACAAUUACACGUAUUGUACGAUUUGGAUUUACAUAUUUCUCUCAAAAAUCAACAGUUUUAAAAGCAAUUGAUAUACCAGCUGAUAAAGCAACAGAAUUUAUCAAUGCAGUUAUUAUUGAUUACAAUUUACCAUCAAAAGGUAGUUUUAUGCUUGGUUUAACAUAUUCAGCUGAUUUUGCUUGGGAUCGUAUUGAUUUUCUUUAUUCACCAGCAAACAAUGGAAUAUAUCGUUCUUUAACAUUGUUCAAAAAUGGUGAUAGCACAACCAAUACUGCUUCAUUUUUCAUUGUUGAUAUUGAUGCUGGUUGGCAAUUAGCACCUGAUUUAUUAAUAAUACAAACAUCAAAAAGUUAUCUUGGUGGUCUUUUCGAAAGUAAUAAACAGUCAAUACAAGAAGUACCACAUGUUUUAACUAUGGAUGAAGCUGUCAAAUUACAACAGUUCUUUAUGCUUGUAGCUAUGGGUAAUUUAGCUUCUACAAUAGGUGCUAAUGUUACUAUACCACAGUUGGAUUAA